GUCGGAAGCUGCGCGGUGAUUGGCCCACAAGCCCGUCAGUUACUGCCAAGCGCAGUUAAGUUUUGCCGUUAGACUGAGUGAGAAGGGAGGGAGAAAAGAGUUCGGGGAGCCGGGCCGCGCCUUCGGAGCCGGAUAAAUAUCAAGGCUUUUUGGUACAAGAAGGAAAUUUUGAACAAGCAGAAAAACCUGAAGCUGAUGGACAUUGUAUGGGCCACAGGCAGGGAUGGUGGGCUAUGACCCCAGAGCAGACGGCAGGAAUGUCUCCAAUCUCGAGGUGGCCGUGGCUGGGUCUGUGUCUGGACUUGUCACUCGGGUGCUGAUCAGCCCCUUGGAUGUCAUCAAGAUCCGUUUCCAGCUUCAGAUUGAGCGCCUGUCUCGCAGUGACCCCAACGCGAAAUACCACGGGAUCCUGCAGGCUGGAAGACAGAUUUUGCAAGAGGAGGGCCCAACAGCAUUCUGGAAAGGACACAUCCCAGCCCAGCUUCUCUCCAUAGGCUAUGGAGCUGUCCAAUUUUUGUCGUUUGAAGUGCUCACCGAGCUGGUGCACAGGGCCAGUGUGCGCGAUGCCCGAGACUUCUCCGUGCAUUUUGUGUGCGGCGGCCUGUCUGCCUGUGUGGCCACCCUCGCCGUGCAUCCUGUGGACGUGCUACGCACCCGCUUUGCAGCUCAGGGUGAGCCCAGGGUCUAUAAAACCCUGCGAAACGCCGUGGUGACCAUGUACAGGACCGAAGGCCCCUUGGUCUUCUACAAAGGCUUGAACCCCACCUUGAUCGCCAUCUUCCCCUACGCCGGGUUCCAGUUCUCCUUCUACAGCUCCUUGAAGCAUGCAUAUGAGUGGGCCAUGCCAGCCGAAGGAAAGAAAAAUGAGAACUUCAAAAACCUGCUUUGUGGCAGUGGAGCUGGAGUCAUCAGCAAGACCCUCACGUAUCCCAUGGACCUCUUCAAAAAGCGGCUGCAGGUUGGAGGGUUUGAGCAGGCCCGAGCCUCCUUUGGCCAGCAAGUAUUUAUUGGGUGCUUGAACGUGCCAGGCUCUGUGUUGACAAAAGAACAGAGCUCACACCCAUGUUGCCAUCACCUCCUCUCUCCUCAACUGGAGAACCUUCCUCUCCCCAGGUGCGAAGCUACAAGGGCCUCCUGGAUUGCGCCAGGCAGGUGCUGCGAGAGGAGGGUGCGCAGGGCUGCUUCAAAGGCCUGGCCCCCAGCCUGCUGAAGGCUGCCCUCUCCACCGGCUUUGUGUUCUUCUGGUACGAGCUCUUCUGUAACCUCUUCCACCACGUGAAGAAGGCAGACAGCUAGCCUCGAGGGCAGGAAGGGUGGCCUGAGGUCUUUCCCCGGAGGGGCCCUCCUGAAGAACGCUCGAUCUACCGUCCCGUGUUGCGCUGAGAGGUGUUGCCCGGCCCCUCCCUCCAGGCCAGCUGUCCUGGGCGCGAAGAGCCGUCGGCAGCAGCCUGGGUUCCACCAGAAGGGCCAAGGGGGUUCUCCACGGGAGAGCACGGGGCGAACGGGGCGAACGCAGGACCUGGUCUGCGGGGACCCAGCCCCGCCAGUCAGAAGGAGCUGGACGUUUCUCCUCUGUGUGGCGCACACUCGGGGCAACAGCUGCCCUCCUGCACGCCUUCGCUCCGGCUGCCCGGAGAACUCUCCUGCGUCUGGGUGGGCCGCAGCUUGAGUGUGAGGCUGGGAUCAGGCCUUUACAGGGGUCUGGUCCCCACACCUGGGUUCUUACCCCACCAAUUAUUUAAUAGACAUUAAAACUAAAAGCGCA